UCAUCAGUCUCAUCAUGCCCCCGGAUAUUGAAGUUCUUUCUUCACUAGUUAAUCAACGUCGUGCCAGCAGCAAUGAGGUCUGCACAUGGGAUCAAGUAUACUAUUAUGUCUCUACCAACCAGAUUAAAAUGAUCCACCGAUCCCCCAAGGUGCAGGCUGAGUAUGAUCAAUGGAUGAAGGACACGCUUGCUACAUACGGUACGAUCGAGAAGUAUCUGUUGACGAAUAAGCUGCAUUUUCCUCCCACAAAGGAUGACGAACACCCAGCCGUCAUCAUUUUACCUAAUGACUUCCCCUACUCUGUUGAAUCCGGGAUCGAUCAUAUCCUCAUCUGGUCACAAGUUCCGCUCGAUCCAAAUUAUGUGGAGCAAAUUCUUGAGCAGCGAUAUGGAAGCGAAAACUGGGAAUGGGUAUAUUGGGUCAACCCUCCUGAGAUCCAGAGCGUCCGUAAACUUCCUCACGUGCAUGUCUUUAUGCGUCGUCGUUCCUAAAUUUUUUUUCUCCUUCCCCAUGUAUUUCAUCAUAGCCGACCUUAUUUUUUUCAUUUUACGUCAUAGCAUUUUUAGAUUCCACUACAGCAUCAUUUCUUAUUUUUUUUUUCCAAACAACAAUAAACUCUGAUAUCCACCACAAGAUUUAU